AUGGCGCAACCACGCUUCCAGGGGUCUGACUUAAUUGAUAUCGAGUCUCAACAUACUUCAGCUGGACAAGGCCACUAUGACAGCAACCCUGGCCGCGGCACGACCACCUCGGUAGGCCUCGGAGAUAAUGGGGCUCAGGCUGUGGAGGAGAAAGCCGGGCCGGCAGCGCCGUACAACCCGGAUGAUCCCAAGCGACAGGUCGAUGAGAUGCGUCACAUUGGCACGCUCGACCGCAAGCUCAAAUCGCGACACGUACAGUUCCUCGCGUUAUCCGGUGCCAUUGGUACCGGACUGUUUGUGGGCAGCGGGCAGGCCCUGUCGCUUGCCGGCCCGCUUUCUGCAUUUAUCUGCUAUGCAGUGACCGGCUUCAACCUCUACUGUGUCACCAACAGCCUCGGCGAGAUGGCGGCGUGGCUGCCCAUCCCCGGAGCUGUUCCCAUCUUUGCGGCCCGGUACGUCGAUCCCGCGUUGGGCUUCACGCUCGGCUGGAAUUACUGGUACCAAUUCGCCAUCGGGGUGCCGAUCGAGGUCACGGUGUCGGUUGUCAUCCUGUCGUACUGGGACCACGUCGUGCCGCAGGCUGCCUUGGUCACGAUUUUCUUCCUGCCCAUGGUCAUCAUCAAUUGCUUCCCCGUGCGCAUCUACGGGGAGGCCGAGUUUGUCUUUGGUGCCAUCAAGCUGACAACCAUCAUCGGGUUGAUCAUUCUGAUGUUUCUCAUCUCGGUCGGUGCCUCUCCGUCUGGAGAAAGAAUCGGGUUCAAGUAUUGGCACGACCCCGGUCCGAUGAAUGAGUAUCCCGGCAAGGACGGGGCGCUCGGCCGGUUCCUAGCAUUCUUCAAAGUCUUUAUCCAGGCGACCUUUAGCUACGGCGGCAGCGAGAUGGUCGUCGUGGCCAGCGGCGAGACCGAGAACCCGCGGCGAAACAUACCAAAAGCCAUCCGCCGCGUGUUUUGGCGCAUUCUCAUCUUUUACGUCGUCGCCAUCUUCCUCGUCGGCCUGUGCACGUCAUCCCGCGACCCGAAGCUCCUCAACGCCAUCGAUCGGUCCGCAGCCGGCGCGGCGCAGUCCCCCUUCGUCAUCGCCAUCGACAACGCCGGCAUCCAGACGCUCCCGCACAUCAUCAACGGCGUCGUGCUCAGCAGCGCCUGGUCGGCGGGCAACUCAUUCUUUUACGCCAGCACGCGCGUGCUCUACGCGGCCGCUCUCGACGGCAAGGCGCCCCGCCUGCUCAGGUUCGAGCGCUUCGGCGUGCCCUACGCCUGCGUCGCCGCCACGUCGGCCCUGGGCACGCUCUGCUAUCUCAGCGUCAGCGAGUCGGCCGCUGAGGUGUUUUUCUGGAUCAGCAACCUGUCGGCCGUGAGUACCCUAGUGGUCUGGGCGAGUGUCUGCGUCACGUAUUUGCGUUUUCACUAUGCGCUCAAGCACCACGGCGUACCGAGGGAGUCGUUGCCGUAUCGCGCGCCGGGCCAGCCGUACCUGGCGUACUUUUCCGUCGUGUUUUGUCUGACGAUUGCAUUCUUCAAUGGGUUUGAUGCAUUUUUCGACGGGAAUUUCAGCGCAAAGACGUUCAUCCCGCCUUAUAUCAACAUACCCAUCUUUUUGAGUCUGUUCUUUGGGUACAAGAUUGUCAAGAGGACUAAGUUUGUCAAGUUGGAGGAGAUGGACAUUUGGUCGGGCAAGGCCGAGAUUGAUCGGCUGGAGCCGCUGUGGCCGGUCGUCAAGCCGCGGAACUGGCUCGAGAGGAUAUGGUUCUGGAUUGCGUGA